UAUUGACAAUACGGUCCAUUCCACUCAAACACUAGUUCUAUAAAUAGGCCCAACACAAUCUCUUGCAAUCCCAAGCAGCUUUGCACAAAUGGGUACACACAAAGUUGCUAGUGUUUUUCUCUUCUUGUUGUUGAGUGUAGUGUUAUGUUCUGCAGCUAGGUCUAUUCUUAGUUAUGAAGGAGGGUAUGGUGGUGCUGGUAAAGGUGAGGGUGGAGGUGGAGUGAGCUAUGGAGGGGGGGGUGGUGGUGGUAAUGGUGGUGGAGGUGGUGGUGCUGAGCAUGGUGGUGGGUAUGGAAGUGGUGGUGGUAAUGGUGGGGGUGGGGGUUAUGGGGGUGGUGGCAUGCAUGGUGGAGGAUAUGGAAGUGGUGGGGGAGGUGGUGGAGGUGCAGGAGGUGGUACUGGUGGUUAUGGGACUGGAGGGUAUGGUGGUGGUGCAGGAAAAGGUGGUGGGGAAGGGUAUGGUGGUGGUGCUGGUGGUUAUGGAGGUGGCGGUGGUGGAGGGAGCGGAAGUGGCGGGGGUGGUGCAGGUGGUUAUGGAGGAGCUGGGGGACAUGGGAGUGGUUAUGGGGGAGGUGAGGGAGGUGGUAGUGGUGGAGGGUAUGGAGGUGCAGGAGAGUAUGGUGGAGGAGGUGGACAUGGAGGUGGCGGCGGUGGUGGAGCUGCAGGUGGUUCCGGUUAUGGUACAGGAGGGAGUGGAUAUGGUAAUGGUGGUGGGGAAGGUGGUGGUGGUGCAGGAGUGCAUGGCGGUGCAUAUGCUGCCGGUGGUGGUGGCGGCUCUGGGGGUGGCGGAGGCAGUGGCUCUAGUGGUGUAGGUGGCUAUGGCGGCGGAGGCAGUGCAUAUGGAAGUGGCAGUGGGGGUGGUGAAGGUGGUGGUCAUGGUGGCUACACUCCUUGAGAAUUAUAUGUUGUAUGAAAACACUAUUUAUAUAUAAGGGGUGAGGGCAAAACUAAAAUACUACUGUAUGAAUACUUCUAUUCUCCAAGUGCUAUAUAUAUAUGUAGCUUGGAUGUAUUCAUUGAAUUCUUGUUUUAUCAAAAUGUGAUCAACUGCAUAGAUUGGGUUUAUAUAUGUACGAAAUAUAUAUACUACAUCCAUGCAAAUAUUCAAUGCAAGCAUGCCUUUGUAAUAAACAAAUAAAGUUGCAAGGUUUUGAUAUGAAA